AAGCCGGUUGUUGUUCAGAUUCCGCAAGUGGUACUACAAUGCUGCCGGAUUCAACAAGCUUGGAAAAAGUUCAGUUUUGCUGACCUUUCCGUAAAGAAAAUUGCCUAGAAAGACUUUAAAGCAUGGAAAGUGCUGGGAAGUUAAUCAGUCACACCAUUCCAUGCAGUUCAUCUUCCCAUGGGAAUGGGUGUUCCUACUUAAAUUGGCUAAUGAGGGAUGACACCAUUUAUGAGGACAGUGACGUGAAGGAGGCUCUAAGGCGACUCCCAGAACAAGUAUACAAUGACAGAAUGUUCCGCAUCAAGAGAGCUCUUGACCUGUCAAUGAAGCAGCAGGUUCUGCCCCGGGAUCAGUGGACUAAGUAUGAGGAGGAAGUGUAUUACCUGGAGCCAUACCUGAAGGAGGUCGUUCGAGAGCGGAAGGAGAAGGAGGAGUGGUCUAAGAAGUAAAGGGAAGCAGAGGCAGUGACUCUUGGCCAUCUUUUUCCUGUUGUAAUAUUGAAAUGCGACUCUCGCAGGAGCUGUAAUUAAUAAAGUUUUGCUUUCUUAGAGUUGCUCUAAUUGUCAUGCUACCAUAAUGUUUUUUUUUUAAUUCUGUGAGAUUAUAUGUCUUUACUAAUGCUGGACAAAUAUGAUUAAAACUUCAAUACAUCCAGUAAAAUAAUAUCGGAUGACUUCUUGUACUACUUGUGAUUCGCAGUUUGGGUUUAAAUAACGAUUGAUUGAUGAAAUUACUUUCAAUUAUGAUUGAUUGAUGAAAUUACUUUGAUGUUUGAGGAAAACCUUUUGUAAAUCUCCACUUACUCGGUAAAAGAUAAAGCCAUUGAGCUGUGAGAUUAGCCAUGCCACUUUCAGUCCAGUUCCAGGCCUACCACAUUACUAAAGCUUGUGGAGGACUGCGUACACAGGGCAUUGAAGGAAAAAUAAUGCACAUGUUUUCUUCAAUAUGCUUUAUCUAGCACAUCACUUUUGGAAAAAUGUGUCUACUAGAAAUGUGGUAUUAUUCAUUGAGGAAAUGGUAGGUAACAUUAAUACUGUCGACUGCACUCUGGAAUGAAGAAAAAGUGUCAAUUAAAUCUUUGUCAGUGUA